UGCAAUCUGUUCAACCGACUUGCUGACGAAAUGGCCCGUACCAAGCAAACUGCCCGUAAAUCUACCGGAGGAAAGGCUCCCCGUAAGCAGCUCGCCACCAAGGCAGCACGUAAAAGUGCUCCCGCCACCGGUGGAGUGAAGAAGCCUCAUCGUUACAGGCCCGGUACCGUCGCUCUCCGAGAGAUCCGUCGCUACCAGAAGUCGACCGAGCUUCUGAUCCGCAAGCUGCCCUUCCAGCGCCUGGUCCGUGAGAUCGCUCAGGACUUCAAGACCGACCUGCGCUUUCAGAGCUCUGCCGUGAUGGCUCUUCAGGAGGCUAGCGAGGCUUACCUCGUUGGUCUGUUUGAGGACACCAACUUGUGCGCCAUCCACGCCAAGCGAGUCACCAUCAUGCCCAAGGACAUCCAGCUUGCCCGCCGCAUCCGUGGCGAGAGAGCGUAAACAGUUCCUCACAAGAACACCAACCAACGGCUCUUUUAGGAGCCACCACAUGCAAAAAGCUUAUGGCUCAUGCUUACAGGAAUAUUUUCCCUUAUUGCCAUUCACGAUAUAUUAUAAAAAAAACGUAUAUGGUUCUGUUUAUUUUCCCGCUUUUUUUUUUUGUAGCGGGUUACGUAAAUUAAUUGAGAAUUAAUUUUCUCCAACCUUAUUGUUUCCGAUGCAAUAUUACUGCUUAUAUAAAAGAAAGUACCCAUUGUA